AUGGACCUGCCCGAUCAACGUGGCCUCAGACUGCAUGAAGGCAUCAAGGCGUGCAUUGAGCUCUUUUGGGCCUCGGGCCACAACGUGGUCGACCUGCUCGGCCCCAAUCAACGCCCUAAGGUUAUUGAGCACGAGACGUCGAGCCUCGAAGAGGUAGUCAUGACUCUCCAUCUCUUUGCAGAGGUUCAGUCGAAAAUGACUCAGUUGUAG